AUGGGCUCAGAAGAAGCAGAAAGAUGCCCUGAUACUGCCGGUGAAGUUUCAGAUGCUACCCUGGGGGUUGUGGUGGAGAUAUGGGCCAAAGAGUGAAAAAUCUCUAGAAUUUCCAGGGGUAGCCCCUAAAAUCUGCAGGGGCUGCACGUCAUCUCUGGAUUUUUUCUAGAGAUUGCCCCUAGAAUUCCGCAGGGACACAGCCCUACCUCUGGUCACGGACGCCCCUUCCAGCGCAAGGGGCAGUCCCUAUGGCACUUAG